GCCAAACUCCUAGGGAACAACGUAGUCACCAAAGCCUCCUCAUUGCUGCGUCACAGAGGCAUCUCCAUUCGUCACAUCGUAUUUGCAUUUGCCUUGUCUAUAGCAUUGCUCGUGCUUUAUUUCAACUACUUCCGACGUACCGGCUACUCGUUUCCUGUCGAUGUUAUGCACUACGCCCCCGUGACACCAGAGGUAUGGACAGACAGAUCCUUCCAAGUUAGGGAUGCCUUCUUGCAUGCCUACCAUGGUUAUGAGCGCUUCGCAUUCCCAAAUGAUGAGCUCCGCCCUUUAUCGAAUACCAGCAUCAACAACUUCAAUGGAUGGGCCGUCACUGCAGUUGACUCCCUUGACACAAUGCAUAUGAUGGGCUUAGAACAAGAAUAUAAGCGCGCAAUGACAGCUGUACAUGAUACAAACUUCACUCUGCCCACGAAUACCCGCGUGCCAUUCUUUGAGACUGUCAUACGUCAACUUGGCGGUCUCCUCUCCGCUUAUGCACUGACUAAUGACGACAUAUUGCGCAUUCGCGCUGAUCAACUUGGCACAAUAUUGGCUCCUGCAUUCAGGACCACCAGUGGUUUUCCCAAGUACGGUGUAAACACUAUUAGAGGUACAAGCGACGGGCCAUUAGUUGGAAGCUUAGCAGAGAUUGCAAGCUAUCAAAUGGAAUACGCCUAUCUCGGUAAGAUUACAGGUAAGAAGGAACAUGUCGACCGAGCUACAACCGCCACACGUAACUUUGUCGAUGCUGAUUUGCGCCAACACGGCGGUAUGUAUCCUAUGUAUUGGAAUAUAUCGUCGGGACAGGCAAAAGACACACACCUUUCUGUUGGUGCAGCGUCCGACAGCGCCCACGAGUACAUUCUCAAGCAGUACCUGAUGACCGCUCGCAAGGACAAGGCAAACCUCGAGAUGUACCUGCGCUUCACCUCCCACGUCCUCAAUAACUUGAUGUACAUUUCGCCGAACCGCCACCUCUUGUACGUUACAGAUUCGAAAUUAUAUAGGACCGGCAAUCGCCCCACACACAACUUCGAGCAUCUAUCUUGUUUUUUCCCUGGCCUGCUCGCCCUUGGAGCUCACACUCUUCCCUUAAAUAAUCUCGAAGAAGUUGGACUGAACUUUACCGCGCUUGCAGAUGACCUGCUCCCCAAACAGAAAUUAGGCUAUGAGGUGCUUGCCUCAUUCGAUCUAAAGGACUUGCAUCUAUGGGCCGCCGAAGGGCUGGCACAAACCUGUUACUUGACUUACGCAGACCAGCCGACAGGGUUGGGACCCGAUAUUAUUAAUAUGCUAUCUGGCGGCUCGCGUCCUGAAAUACUGUGGAUGGACGCCAUGCAAGACUGGAGAACAUCUGGUAGAAUAGGUCCCCCACCUGGAGUGGGAGAUAAGCACCCUUGGGUAGGAGAUCGCACCCCUAGGAAUGCACGAGAGCGUGAGAUGGCGUACGCUAUGAGGGACUACUACGUUAAGAACGCUGACUACCAACUGAGACCCGAGACUGUAGAGUCGCUUUACAUCCUUUAUCGUGUUACUGGUGAUGUGAAAUGGCGGCAUCGUGGAUGGGACAUUUUCCAGGCGAUCCAAAAGGAAGCGAAGACUCCAUCGGGGUACGCCAACAUUGACAAAGUGGACACAUAUGAGCCACAACAGCUUGAUGUGAUGCCUAGCUUUUUCUUGGCCGAAACGUUGAAGUAUCUCUAUCUUCUCUUCCAAGAAGACGACCUCGUUCCCUUGGAUAAGUGGGUGUUCAAUACAGAAGCACAUCCAUUUCCUGUCUUUGAGUGGACAGAAGAAGAGAAAGAAGCAUAUGGUGUUUUAUGAUAUGUGCUCCACACACUCCCAUUAGAUUCAACGGUUAUCGUUUCACGAACUGUCAACGUACAAUCCAACCGUUGUUUACUUAAAUAUCGUAUUGUGCCGUUCAUAAUGUGUCGUAGCUUGCAUGAAGCUAUAUGGUCAAUGCGAGCUCGUAAGUUGUCGGUAG